AUGCCUCCGCCGCGAGCUCGAGCCAUUCAACGUGCUCUGGGGGUGCCGCUGACCGCAGCCGCACGCCUAGCUGUCGAUCUCGUGCUUGUGAUGACGCAGAGCCGCACAGCCGUACUGAUCGACACCUGUGCCCUGUCGAUCGCUCGUGUCCAGGCGUUGGCAGAAGUGUGCCGUGGAGAGGACAUCCUCCUUGUCGUACUGGCACAGCAAGUAUUCGUGGUGCACCGUCGCGCCUUUGGCGCAAAAUGGGAACGUGAUGAUACGUGUGUGUAUGUCGACCCGCGCCAUCCGCAACAAAAAGCUGCGCGUUCCCCUGGCACGCAUGCCAUCCUCGCAUGUAUCUAUGACGCAUGUACACAAGAUACCCGCUCAUGCAUGAUCGUGGGCAGAGACGUGCGUGCGCACAGCAUUGCUGCGUGUGGCUGGCUUCUGGAUUAUCCUGUGGUAUAUACAUGUGCUACGGGCGCCACCGACGUCCGCUGCGUCCCCCUCACCGAAGCGCACUGGACGGAUGGCUGGGACACAGAGGCGCUCACGGUGACCGAUUUGUCGCUGCUGCUAGUCGAAGUGCAAUUGCACAGCACUAGCCUGCCCCAGCCUCAUCCCGUACUAGCCUACACAGUGCCUACCCAAAUGCCAGAUGCACACGCGAUCGUCGCAGCGGCCAACCAUCGCAUGCUGGCACAUGGGGCCGCACGACGCUGGCUCGAAGGGCUCGGACUCGUCGAAUUCCGCAUCCACAGCUCGCACGUUCACAUGGACCGUAUUGCCCUGUAG